AUGGCACCCGAAAUCGUGCCCAGCAGCCCGCAGGGGCAGGCCUUGCAGGCGGCCAUCCAGAAGCAGCUCGCCUUCCUCGGGUGGAGCACGGAGGACGACCCUGUCAUGGCGGAGUACUGCGUGGUCAUGCUUGGCAACCGCAAGACGGCUGAGCAAAUCUCCACCGAGCUGUCCGACCUGAUUGGCGGCGAUUUUGACGCCUCCUUCGUGACCUGGCUCUUCGACGAGGUCAAGAAGCACUACCCCGAACCCUCCUCCGCCUCGUCCGCACCCUCUUCUUCCAUUCCGACUGGUCCGUCCGGCUCCGCGUCGCAUUCCGGCGCAGGCGCGAACGGCAUCCCCUCGCGACCACCCGGUCCCAUUGGCGGCGGACGUAACGUCUUCGGUGCAGCCGUGACGGGCGUCAAGCGCGGUGCGAGGGAGAUUGACGGUCCCGAUGGAGGCGAGAGGCAGCAGAGGCAGAGGUUCGACGCACCGACGGGUCCGAAGGGCGGGAAGAGCUUGUACGACCGGGUCAACGGCAACAACCCGCAGUUUGCGCCGGGGCGGAACAUGGGGCCGGUCAACAACACGGGCAUGCCGCAGCCUGCGUUCGAUGCUAUCACCCAAGCGGUCAACGCCAUUCUUGCCGGUGCACACCCGUCAAUCCUCGCCAACAUCCCCUUCCCCGCUCUCACCGCCCACCCUCUCUCCGCACGUCUCCCGCCGCACAUCAUGGCGCAAGCGCAAGCGAGCGCCGUCGCGCAGGCUCAGGCUCUCGCGGCGAUGCAGAACGUCUGGAGUAACCCGGCUGGCGGUUUCCCUGGACCGGGCGGUCCCGGCGGUCCUUUCAACCCGAACGCUCCUCCCUUCCACCCUGGCGGUUUCGGCGGACCCCGAGGCGGACCUCGCGGUGGCCCGCCGCCCAAGCCCGCAACUCCGCCCGUCGUCCUCCCCUCCAAGCCGCUGCAAGAGGCGCUUUGCAAGCACGCGACCGAGUGCACGAAGCCGGCGUGUCCGUAUUCGCACCCGAGCCCCGUCGCGACGAAGGAGAGUGGGCUCGUUCUGAGCAGCGAGCCGUGCGAGAAGCAGCUCAAGUGCGAGGAUCCGGACUGCCCCAAGUCGCACGUCUCGAAGGCGCAGAAGACCCACCCUCCCUCCGCCGUCUCUUCCGCCGACGGCCCCAUCGCUCCUUCCGCCCCCAUUUCCCGACCUCCCGCUGGCCCUCCUCCCGCCGCUCUCCCCGGCGCAGGCGAGAAGCCGUGCAAGUUCGGCUCCGCCUGCACCCGUCCCGGCUGCGUCUUCCUCCACCCCUGGGACAUGCGCAGCGACUCAGGUCAGGUCCCGUGCCGCUACGGCGCUGCGUGCACCCGUGCCGACUGCCACUUCUCCCACCCUCCUCACCGACCGGCGCCUUACAACCGCGCCAAGUACUCCGCGACCUUCAACAAACCCGCCAACGCAGGCUCGUCGCCUUCGCCCGCCGCUGCGGGCGUCAAGAAGGAAGGAGCGAUCGGCGAGUGGCCGAAGGAGAGCGCUGAGCACGUUUCGGAGCGGUUGAAGCGCUUCUCGGGCGGCGAGGCGGGCAAGGACGAUGCGGAGCGGAUUGUGCCGGGUCAGCAGGGCGGCGGCGACGACCACAAGGUCGAGAUCCACCUAGACGACGAGGACGAGAAGAAGGACGGCGCGGGCGCGACGGCCGAGAAGGUCAAGGAGGAGGUCAAGGCGUGA